AGGAGGCGGAGCCAGACCAGAGUGACCGGGGCCAGGCACGGGCCAUGUUGCCGUACCUGGCGCUCCUGGCCCUGCUCUGGGCGCUGCUGUGGCUGCUGCGGGACCGGCGCACGCUGCCGUCGGUGCGGGACAAGCACGUGUUCAUCACGGGCUGCGACAGCGGCUUCGGGCGCCUGCUGGCGCGGCGCUUGGCCCGCCAGGGCUACCGGGUGCUGGCGGCGUGCCUGACCCCGCAGGGCGCCGAGAGCCUGCGCGGGGACACCCCCGGGGGACACCUCAGAACCGUCCUGCUCGAUGUCACCCGCUCCGACAGCAUCCGCCGCGCCGCCGAGUGGGUGCACAGGGAGGUGGGGGACAAAGGGCUGUUUGGGCUGGUGAACAACGCGGGCAUCGCCAACCCCAUCGGGCCCACGGAGUGGAUGGACAUCGAGGAUUUCCGGCGGGUGCUGGCCGUGAACGCGCUGGGCGCCAUCGAGGUGACGCUGCAGCUGCUGCCGCUGCUGAAGCGCGCGCGGGGCCGCGUGGUGAACACGUCCAGCGUGCUGGGCCGCAUCUCGGCCAACGGCGGCGGCUACUGCAUCUCCAAAUACUGCAUCGAGGCCUUCUCGGACAGCCUCAGGCGGGACAUGCGGCACUUUGGGGUCAAGGUCAGCAUUGUGGAGCCCGGCUUCUUCAAGACCAACGUGACGGACCUGGACUCGCUGGAGGCGUCGCUGCGGCAGCGCUGGGAGCGCCUGGAGCCGGCCACGCGCAGCAGCUACGGGGAGCACUUCCUGCCCCAGUACCUGCGUGUGCAGCGGCUGCUGCUGUCGGUGCUGUGUGACCGGGACCUGGCCAAGGUGACGCGCUGCAUGGAGCACGCGCUGCGGGCGCAGCACCCGCGCAGCCGCUACAGCGCGGGCUGGGACGCCAAGCUGCUCUGGCUGCCGGCCUCCUACCUGCCCUCGGCCCUCGUGGACCUGGCCCUGGCCCUCAUCCUGCCCAAGCCGGCCCUGGGCGGCCGCUGAGAGACCCCAGACCCAAAUUAAACCCACCCGAGAUUGGGGAAUGAGCCCCCCAAGGAUGGGGAAUGA